AUGUCCGACGCCGAUCUGCCCGAACAGAGAGUCGCGGCACACGUCGCCACCGAGAAAAUCGAGGAGGAACCCGAGAUGCUUCUCCGAUUUUCCUCGCUGCACCGGCUUCUACGGGUCACGGCUUGGUGCUCUCGCUGGCGACGCACCGCUUCCCGCACCACCACACUCACGUUGCGAUCAGACAAGAUCGACGACGCACUGAUUCUCUGGCUCCGUGUGGUGCAAGCACUGCUCUUCGCCGCCGAGAUCACGGCAAUCUCCGCCAACCGCACUGUUUCGCCUCGAAGCUCUUUGGCGAGCCUGAGCCCAUUUUUGGACGACCUGGGCGUCCUAAGAGUCGGUGGCCGCCUCAAGCACGCCAUGCUUCCCACCGACGAGCGACACCCGAUGAUCGCACCUCCUUCGUGGCUCACUCGGUUGAUCAUCGAGUCGUGCCACCGCCGGACGCUGCACGGAGGAGUGCAGCUCACCCUUGGCCUACUUCGCCUCCGCUUCUGGAUUUCUCGAGGCCGCUCCGUCGUCAAGCAGCGGCUGCAUCGCUGCGUAACAAGCACCCGCUGGCGAGCCACGACACCUCAGCUUCCAAUGGGCAAUCUUCCGAGGGGACGAGUCACUCCGGCACGCCCAUUCCUCCGGACCGGCCUGGACUACGCCGGCCCGAUCUUCAUCCGCACGACCAAAGGCCGCGGACACCGAGCGCACAAGGCCUUUAUCGCCGUAUUUGUGUGCCUAUGCACCAAGGCGGUGCAUCUGGACGUCGUGUCGAAUUACACAACGGACGCCUUUCUCGCCGCUUUCCGUCGCUUCAUCUCCCGUCGAGGCCUCUGCGAGGAGUUAUACUCGGAUUGCGGCACUAAUUUCGUGGGAGCCGACCGAGUCCUGAGAGAGCUCUUCCGAGCUUCGUCCGCCGACGGUCGUCGCCUUGCUCACGCCGCCGCCGCGGAGGGUGUCAAAUGA